CCUGUCUUUGUACCCCUGAUGAAGACGGUGCAACUGCCCAAGGACCUCGGUGUGGGCCAGGAAAUAACAUCAUACAGGGCCCAGGACCCAGACACCUUCCACUCUCAGGAAAGCAGGCAGGACUGGAGGUACCAGAUAUGGCAUGACCCCAGCCAUCAGCUGGACCUCAGCCCAGAAACAGGCGUCAUUUCCACUCGAGCCAGUCUGCAAAAGGACAGCAUGGAGAGGCGCACAUUUUCGGCUGUGGUCAUAGCCGUGGACAAUGGACAACCUCCAGCCACGGGGACCGGGACCCUUCUCCUCACUUUCUCUCAUACAGACUGCCCAGGAGUAGACUCACAGUGCCUUUCCAUCUGCCAGAGGUGACCAGAG